AUGGACCGCGGCGCAGUCCCUCUGCUCGUCGCCCUGCUGCUGGCCGUCGGCAGCCUCAGCCCCACAAGUCUCGCAGAAACAGUCCACUGUGACCUGCAGCCUGUGGACCCCGAGGAGGUCAAGGCGACAUACUUCACAAGCCAAGUUCCGGAGGGCUGCGUGGCUUCGGCCCCCAACGCCACCCUGGAAGUCCGUGUCCUCUUCCUGGAGUUCCCGACGGCGGUGUCCGAGCUGAAGCUGACCGUCCAGACACCCCAGCAGGACGGAGCCCAGGUGCGGCAGGUGCUCCUGGUCCUUGCCGUGAGCAAGACUGUCUUCCUGCACCUGCAAGCCCCCGGGAUCCCACUCUACCUGGCCUCGAACCCCAAACUGACCUUCCUCCAAGAUCCAUCAAGCACCAACAUCACGGAGCUCCCACCCUUCACGAGCAAGAGCGAGCUCCUCCACUGGGCAAAUUCUAGGGGUCCUGUCGUCUCUGUGGCUGAACUGAGUGACCCCCAGAGCGUCCUCAUCCGCCUGGACCAAGCCGGGGGCUUGCCGUCCUCCUGCGCGCCCGAGCCUCGCGCGGACAUGGGCCACGCGCUCGAAUGGCAGCCGCGCUCCGGGCCGUCGGUCCGGACCUGCAGCUUGGAAGGUGUGGCCGGCCACAAGGAGGCGCACAUCCUGAGGGUCCUACCGGGCCCUGAGGCCAGGCCCAGGACAGUGACCGUGAAGGUGGAGCUGAGCUGCGCCUCUGGCGACCCCGACGCGGCUGUGCUCAUCCUGCAGGGCCCGCCCUAUGUGUCCUGGCUCAUCGAUGCCAACCACAACAUGCAGAUCUGGACCACUGGUGAAUACUCCUUCAAGAUCUUUCCAGAGAAGAAUAUCCGCGGCUUUGUGCUCCCAGACACCCCGCAAGGCCUGCUGGGGGAGGCCCGGAAGCUCAACGCCAGUGUGGUAGCGUCCUUCCUGGAGCUCCCUGUGGCCAGCGUCGUCUCACUGCAGGCCCUCAGAUGCCGCGGUGUUCCGGCCACCUCGCCCGCCCCAGUCCAGACCACCCCCACCGGGCAGACCUGUGAUGAAAAGCUGCUUCUGUCCCUGAUCCAGCCCCAGUGCUCCGACGACGCCAUGAAGCUGGAGCUCAAUAAGGAUUUCAUCAUGACCCUCAGGUGCACCAUCAGCAGCCUGACCUUCUCAGACCCCAACUGCCAGGCCACGGACAGAGAUGGUCAGCUGGUCCUGCAUAGCGCCUACUCUGACUGUGGCAUGAAAGUGACGGAAAACAUGAUCAACAAUGAGGUGAUCGUCCACCUCCUGACGAGCCCAGCACCGCAGCGGAAAAAGGUGCACUGCGUCAACUUGGAGCGCGUGUCCUUCCAGCUGGGCCUCUACCUCAGCCCGCACUUCCUGCAGACGGCCCACACCAUCGAGCUGGACCAGCAGGGCUUUGUGCAGGUGAGCGUGUCCUCGCCCAUCCCUCAGCUCAUGCCCCGCCUGGACAGCUGCCAGCUGGACUUGGGGCCCAAGGCAGACAGAGUAGAACUCAUCCAGAACCAGGUGGCCAAGGGCAGCUGUGUGAACCUGCUGUCCCCAGGCCCUGAGGGUGACAUGCGCUUCAGCUUCCUCCUCCGUGGCUACAUGGUGCCCACGCCCACGACUGGCACCCUCAGCUGCAUCAUAGGCCUGCGUCACAGGAAUGGGUCUGUGGACACCCUGAGGACCGCCUCCACGCGCCUGAACAUCGUUAGCCCGGGCGUGCCUGGCAAAACCCUGGCCCUGCCCGCCGUGCUGGGCAUCGCCUUCGGCGCCUUCCUCAUCGGGGCCCUGCUCACCGCUGCGCUCUGGUGCAUCUACUCGCACACGCGUCCCCCCAGCAAGCGGGAGCCCGUGGUGGCGGUGGCUGCCCCGGCCUCCUCCGAGAGCAGCAGCACCAACCACAGCAUCGGGAGCACCCAGAGCACCCCGUGCUCCACCAGCAGCAUGGCGUAGCGCGGGCUCCGGCGCCCUGGGGCCGCCCUCAGCCAGCAGAGACUGAGCCCCCACCCGCUGGGGGCCGCCGCUCAUGAACUCGCCGGGGCCAGGCCCCGGCACUCGGCCGAGGGACACGCCUCUGUCCCUCCGCGCCUCUCGGAGGUCUGCUGCCGGCGGGGAUGCCAGCUUGGAGCACCUUGGGGUCCACCCACCCCACCCCACCUUCAGACCCCGUGGGCCCGGGGUGCAGCUGCCCAGGAUCACGGAGAGACAGACCGCUGCCCAGAUGGUCACUUUGCUGCAGAGACCCAAGUCACUGCCACUUUUUAAACCCGGAUCCAGCGCUGAGUGACCGGGGCUGGGCAGGAGGUGAGAACUCCAAAGACUCUGUGCCCCCGGCCAGGCCACUGGCGGCUCCCCCAGGACAGCAGGUCAGCCGGUCAGCCCGGGGCACCAGGACCGGGCCCCGGCGGCACCCACGCCUGGACUGGCACAACUCUGGGGGCAAAAAGCCUGGAAAAGUGACCUGGCUCCUUCCUGCAAGUAGCACGUGGAGACAACUCCCGCCCGGCCCAGUGGCAGCGGCUGGGCAGCGGCUAGGUGCCUGUCCUGGAUCCACCCGCCCCUGUAUACUCACCACCAAUAAAUCAGACCAUGAAACCA